CUCUCCCCACGAUGUCCCAUGGAUUAACGAAUUGUCCCCGUUACGUCCAGCUCUAACCGUGAAUCGACGCGAAGCGAAACGUUGACACAGCGUUUAAUACAAUCAAACGUUCGAUUUGUAACGGUACGGUACGCGUAUAGCUAGCUUUUCGAUAUCGGUCUAAAAAGCUACUCGAAAAACGCUCGCGCCUAUAGAUCGUCCCGAUUACGUUGAGUAUACGUUUAUACGUUUAUACGUACCCUAUUUGAAAAUGUACGGCGUGAUAACGUAAACGCGGCUGGCUAUAAAAAUGUUUUUGAUGCGAAAUGUUGUUAAGAAUUGAAUUUGGGAGAAUUUGAGUUCUAAUAAUAUCGAAAAUCAUUGCCGAUGAAAAGAAAAUAAAAAUCGCUCUACAUGGCAAGAAAAAAAGUGUUAAUAUUUCCAUAAUUAGAAAAAUCAAUGCAAAAAAUAUAUAAGAAAUAUAUAAAAAUAAAUAUAAAAUAAAAGUUAAAAAAAUUGCAAAUAAAUGCAAUUAGUGCAAAAGAAAAAUAAAAAAAGUUCUGAAUAAAAUCGCCAACAGAGAAAUUAGAAAAAAAAUCGAUCUCUAACGAUUUAAUGCCAAAGCCGCUGUAUCGCUGAUAUUCACAACAACACAAAUAUAAAGGAUACACCCCGCCCCCUCCCCCAUUGCAAGAAAAAAGGAUAACCAUUUUAUUUCAGCUGAAUGGGUUUGGAGUGCGCCCAUUUAAAAAAUAAUUCGCCUCCAUGAAGUUUCACAAACGAAAAUGGUACGAGAGACCAACAACGUCUGUUUUGGACAAAUAGCCCAAGAAACGCAAGUUGUUGUGCGCGAGGAUAACAAGCGAGAUCAUUUGAAACGGUCUACUGAAGACGUAUCACCACCGAACUUUUCAGAACGGAACAGUGGCUAUUAUGAACGUAACUCCCGUUUAGUUGCUGACACCGAUUCCUAUUUAAGACGUUCCAAUAGCAAUAAUACAAUUAGUAAUUAUCAAAGCAGUAGUAAUUCAACAUCCAAUUUAGACAACAGCAGAAGCCGAACAAGAGACAGAGUAUACAGAAAUGGUCCUUAUGCUACAAGUGGUGGUUUGUCAUCAUCCAGUUCGUCUGCAGCAACGACUAUAUUGAGUGAACGAAAAUUUUUAAUUAAGCUCAAGUGGUGGCGCUGCAAGCAAACACAACAUAACAAUCGUGUUCCGCCUGCGUCAUGGUACGAAGCUGCUGCGACGUAUACAAACGGUCCUGGUGGCAGUGGCAAUGCCGACGUCUCAGCAGCAAAUAUCAACAACCAUUAUCAAACUGCCGCCUCAACAGAUACGCAAGCAGCAACAGCAACACAAGUGUCUACAGCAAAUUCCUCUACAAACAAUCCCACUGCAUACAACGCAUAUUCAUACGUUUCUUCACCUGCCCACAAGAACAACAGCAAUUCAAGUUUAUCGUCAACAGCGACGACAGCAUCGUCGUCGUCGACAACUGCAGCCUUCAAUACACCACGAAACAAUUCAGCGUCGUACGGCAACGCAUCAAGUGCUGCAGGACACAGUGGUGGCUACUAUCAUCAUCAACAGAGAGACAACGACUCCGGCACAGACGGAAAUCCGUUGUUAAAUAAAAAUAAACAUAAACUUUUAAAGUCCUGCUCCUCAUCAUCACGCAGUGGUUCAGCGUCACCAACAUCAUCAGCGGCAACGGCAGGAGUGGUGGCAUCAUCAACAAUGACUUCAUCCUCGACAUCUGCCGCUUCCGCCGCUAAUACCACCUCAAAUUCUUCGUCGUCAUCAUCAUCAACAGCAGCAGCAUCGGCCAACAACAAUAACAACAACCAAACGGCAAAUAAUAGUAGUUGUAGUAGCAUUAGUAGUACAAUCAAUAGUAGUAAUACAAAUAAUCAUAAUAAUAGUUUACUAACGUCGUCGUCGUCAUCAUCGUCGACUGCAGCAGCAAAUGCAGGAGACAGUAGUAGAAACGUUAGCGGGAUUCUAAAUGCCGCUGCGUUGGCGGCAGCCGCCUCUAAUGGCAGUUCAUCAACAGAUGGCCACCACAAUCACAAAGGUAGCAGUAGUAGCAGCAGCAAUAAUGUACAUUCAAGUUCUACAUCGUCGAAUGCCAACUCCUCCUCCACUUCCAACAAUCCUUCAACAUCCGCCUCGCAUCACACAUCUCGUGCAGCGGUCCAUGCGCAUCUGCACGGGCGCAGUACCACAUCGUCAAGUCGUUCGCAUUCCCGAUCGCCGAGUAGCUACAGUUCUUCACAUAGUUCUUCCUCGUCGUCCUCAUCAACUGCCUCGUCACACUCUCAUGCCUCAAGUCCGGUGGGUGGUCGAGAUGUCGAGACAAGUACGUCUACAGCUCCGGCGGGGCGAGGAGGGUCACGAAGCCUUCAAUCUGCCGUGGCGGUGCCGGGAACAUCGUCGGCUUUGAAUCCCAGUGGCUCAAAUGCCUGCAGCAGUAGUAGCAGCAGUUCGAGUUCUACUGGUUCGGGAACGCCAUCUACAAAUCCCGUUGUACAUUCCGAAGACAAUCGGCCAUUGGCGAUACGUGUGCGAAACUUGCCGGCUCGCUCUUCAGACACAUCACUAAAGGACGGUCUUUUCCAUGAGUACAAAAAGCAUGGCAAAGUUACAUGGGUAAAGGUGGUGGGGCAAAAUGCUGAACGCUAUGCUCUAGUUUGUUUUAAGAAACCUGAAGAUGUGGAAAAGGCUCUUGAGGUUUCUCAUGACAAGUUUUUUGGAUGUAAGAUCGAGGUAGAACCGUAUCAGGGUUACGAUGUGGAGGAUAACGAAUUUCGUCCCUACGAAGCUGAAUUGGACGAGUACCAUCCAAAAUCUACACGUACCCUAUUCAUUGGCAAUCUGGAAAAGGAAAUUACCGCCAGUGAACUGAGGCUGCACUUUGAGUGCUUCGGCGAAAUCAUAGAAAUCGACAUUAAAAAGCAAGGCAUGUCCGCCUAUGCAUUCUGUCAGUAUUCCGAUAUUGUAUCUGUGGUCAAAGCCAUGCGCAAAAUGGAUGGCGAACAUUUGGGUAACAAUCGCAUAAAGUUGGGCUUUGGCAAAUCAAUGCCUACAAAUUGUGUUUGGAUCGAUGGUAUUGGCGAGAAAAUCUCUGAGUCGCAUUUGCAAUCUCAAUUUUCGAGAUAUGGUGCGGUCAGUAAGGUGGUGAUAGACCGGCAAAGGCAACUGGCUUUGGUGUUAUACGAGCAAAUACAAUAUGCACAGACAGCAGUAAAAGAGAUGAGAGGAGCAACACUGCGAGGCCGAAAGUUGCAGGUGGACUUUGCUUCCAGAGAAUGUCAGGAUGCAUUUUAUGAAAAAUUGGAAAAGCAAGCUGCAGGAUCUCGUUUUAGCCGUUACGAAUCACAGUCGCGUUCCCGCGCUUCAUCAUUCAGCCGACAUCAGAAUUCGAAUGAUGGCUGUUCCCCCAGCAAUACGCCUGGCAGUAGCAGCAGUAGUAGUGCUGGCAUACCACCCUCAGCGCCUACACUGUCAUCAGCAAUUGUUGCCGGUUCGUCCAUCAAUUCCAAUCCAAGUGGUACCACCUUACCAUCUGUUGUGGGACAAACAUCAGGUAACACCACCCCAGCUCGUAGUCGGGGAUCUCGCAGUUCCCGUCACACAAUGGACUACGAUUAUAUCGAUACCCGAAGAUUUCGAUCAUAUGACGAAUAUAGUCAGGGAUCAGGAGCUUCGCACGACGAAGAUGCAAUCAUGUCAAAUCACCCGACAUCAUCAUCCAAUGCGAACUCUUACAGUGGGAUCGGUUUAAGGUCUGAUUCACCAUUGUUAUCACGGCUGGGUCCUAUUGUAAACAACAGUAGUGGUAAAGAGUCCAAUAGUGAUAUGUUGGAGAUGGCUUUAAGUCGUCGACGUUGUGAUAAAAGUCCUGCAAAACAAAAAGGUGAUGUACGAUUGUUUCAAAAAGAACGUGCAGUUUUGUUGGAACAGCUCGAAGAGUACCCGUCCAGUGGAGAUGAAAGCAUAGUAAGCCCGCGCAAGCGUAUAAAAAUUGAUCAUCAUUCCAUUAAUUCCAGCAGUGGAUUGUCACAGUCUCAUUCGUUGGAAGAACAAACACAACAACAAAACAAAAACUCAAACUGUGAUUAUCUUCUAAAUGAUUCGUUGCAUCGCAAGGGUGAAGUAAGAAGACUAUCGGAAUGCAGUAACAGUCUCAACAAAUACCAACACAAGCAACAUCACCACCACUCGCAUCAUUCAAUAAAUCCUCAUCACCACCAUCAUCAACAGCAACAUCAGUUGAGUCGCCGACCGUCCAUUGAUUAUAUGGCGACCGGAGGUGGUGGUGGAGGUGUGGGUGCAAGUUCCAGCAUAGGAGGUGGCAGUGGCAAUUUAUCCACACGACAUGGCAGUACAAGCAGUUCAAAUAGUGACCAUCACCCGCCACCACAUCAGUCAUCGUCAUCAUCAUCUUCGCUGGCAUGUAAAAGAAGACGGGUGAUUGGAAGUAGUGGAAGCAGUAGUGCUCUGAGUACAAAUGCCGCAUUAAUUUCAUCGGGCUCCUCCAGUGGUAACGCAAACUUGGCGUCGUCGUCGUUCGGCAGUGGUGAUUUCCAUCAUCAUGCCUCUCGAGGUCGUGGUCAUCAAUUACAUUCCCAUCACUCACACGAGGCUAGCGGCGGUGAAAGUGCUGAUGGUUCACGACCUGGUACACCGUUGUGCGACGAAAGGCCAGAAGUUUUACCUAGUGAACCGCGUAGAGUACCACGUGAACGACCACGAGAGCCGAUGGUACUGCCAUUGCCCAAAUUUGGCAUUCUGUUCUUUCAACAAUAUCGUAGCAACAAUGGCUCGUCUUCGAAUAUGGGUGCGACGACAUCCUAUCAUCAUCAUCACAGCAGCAGUGGUUUUGCAAGUUCUUCAACUGCUUCUGCUGCAGUUGGUAGCACCAACUCCGUUAGUUCGCACAUGCUUAAUCAUUCUAGUCAUAGUUCUAUAACAUCGGCGACAUCCUCAGCAACAACCACAACAACGCCUGGAUUACAGACAACAUCAUCAUCAUCAGGUGGCGGAUGUUAUUUGCCCAGUCCAUCGUCACGAUAUCAGCCCUGGCGGCCACAUCCUCAUCAUCACCAUCAUCACGGUAGCGGUGGGCAUCAUGGUGGUGGCGCUACCUCGUCGUCAUCAUCAAUGGUUAGUCCGAUGAGAUCACGUUCUCUCAGCUCGAAUUCCAGUGAUUCUGAUGUAACUGGCCAAGCAAGCGGUAGCCCUUCAUUGGAAGAACGUAUACGUACUUUGGACGAGAUGUACGAGCGUUGGUCGGGCGGCGGUAGUUCAACCACUGCUGCAGCGUCAAAUGUGGCCAAACGCCACGAUUUCAGUAAUACACCACCGACCUGGCAACAUCAUCGUUCUUCUUCACAAACCGACCUGCAUCAUUCGGCAACCACAGCGGCAACGUCGGCCGUCACAUCAUCAUCUACGGGUGAUGUACGGCAGAGCAGUGGAACGCCUUCAACACCCGCCAGUCGUCACAAAUUCCUCGAUAUUGAUGUCAAGGAGAUACAACCGUCGGAGAUUGUCAAAUCGGUUUUGGCGAAAAAAUCGAUUGAUGAUGAUCUGCAGCGUUUAAAGAAAAAUCACUGGUAUGAACCAUCGACUGAUUCUUCUCAAAUGGCGAAGAAUGCCGUAGGUGUUUGUACUUCGCCGGGACUGCCAAAUUUACAGGCCACAAAGACGCCGGUAGUUGGAAACACGUUGCCCAUGGCAUCGGCGGGGAAUGCCACGAACAAAACAUCUGGUGCCCUAUUACAGCGUUUAACUAGCCUGUCGCCCAUGAUCCCUCAGGCGUCGAUGUCACCGUACAACAGUCCAUCCAUGUCUCCAUCUGUUAAUAGUUCAUCCACUCUGUCCAGUCUACAGACAGGAGCAAAAACGACAGCGACAUGUAGCAGUGGGAAUACAAUGGCUUCGCCUUCUCCUGUUUCCUCUGGUUGUGCAACGGGAACUGGUACUCCACCAGCUCCAACAACGGCGUCGAGCGGCAGCAAAUGUUUGCAAUAUCCAUUCCCAACACAUCCACCAUUGCCAAACACUGCAGCCCCUUCGCCAAACAAUCAACCCUCCCCUGCCUCCUAUGGAAGUCCAUCAACCCCUCAACCGCCGCCACGCCCGCAACACACGGUGAAUGUUACUUCAAAGCCAAAGACAUCAACUCUAUCGAAAAGCUUGAGUGUACCAACAGCCGUUGGAACCCGCACCGACAUCAGCUCCCUCGGAUCGCCUCGUACCCUCACAAAAUCAGUAUCAGUUCCUGGCAGUACAAAUGUGGGAACCAUAAAAACAACAGCAGCUACAGUUUCUGUAGAACAAAAGCAGCAGCUGAAAAUGCAAACCGGUAACAGUUCCUCCACUGAAACGACAACAACAACAGCAAGUAAUCCCACUUCAGUUUCCACAAUAUCCGAAACUGCAGGUGGUGGUAGUAAGCGUAGUGACAGCAAUAAAUCGCACAAAGGAACGCCAAGAAAAACGCGAAAAAGAAUUGAGAAAGCAACAAGAAAGGUAAGAGCGGAACGAGAAGAACGCGAAAGGGAAGAGCGAGAAAGACUUGAAAAGGAACGCCUUGAAAGAGAGCGAUUGGAAAAAGAACGUUUGGAGCAGGAAGAACAGGAGCGUGCGCAACGAGAAAAGGAACGUUUACGCAAAGAGGAGGAAAGGCGCGCGAAGAACGUGAACGGAAAGAGCGCGAAGAGAACGAGCGCAAACUAAAAAAGAACAACAGCACAAAGAGAGCGCGAGAAAAAAGAACGCGAAGAAAGGGAACGCAAAGAGCGUGAGGAACGCGAACGAAAGGAGCGAGAAGAGCUGGAGCGAGGAACGCGAAGAAAAACGAAAGACGUAAACGCAAGAGCAAGAAGAGAGACUGCGAAAAGAAAGAAAGAGCGUGAAGAAAGUGAGCUGCGUGAAAAAGAGAGGCUUGAAAGACAGCGUUCACGAGAGGAAAAAGAACGUGAACGUAAACUGCACGAAGAAAUCGCUAAUGAAAAGCGCGAACUUCACAGCUCCAAGGAAAAUCAUCGCAGAAAAGAAAACCCGUCUUUUUCUUCAACAGGAACAGCAAACAAGGGCGGCAAUGCUAGUAAUGAUCUAUCCUCCAGCGGUGGUACAACUUCCAAUCAAACUGGGGAUCACAUUCGACAUGGUGAAUCAGAGAAGCCUAAAGAGAGUUCCACAACUGGUGAAUUUGCUGCUACUACGGCUGAAUCUGCCUCGGGAGCUAGCAGUGGAAAACAUAAUCGCAAAACAUCACGAAAUACAUCGCCAGUGCGGCACCCGAAACGUAGACUUAGCAGCCAGGAUAGCAAUGCCAGCAACAGUGGUGGUAACGCCGAAUCUGCCGAAGCCCAUGCAGAAGACGCCAAGCGCAUGCGUAUUGAUACACACUCGACUCCUUCGUCCCAUGUUGCUAAUAAUCACGCAAGUAAUGCCGUGUUGAACGAGAAGCGGGAAUCAAAGGAACAACAACACCACAGCAAAGAUAGAAAUAACAAACAGUCGUUUGUCAUCGUCAUCAUCAUCGAGCCACCGAAUCAAUUUGGCUACUUCCUCGGAAAGGAACACACUGCAAAACAUCAUCGCAACAAACAUCAUCAUCAAAAACAGCAACAACACAAUCGUCAUCACAAACUGAGCAACAAAGAUGAAGAAACAAGUCACCAUCAACACAGUUCUACAAAUAAACCAGUUUCUGGGAGUGGCGGUGGUGGUGGUCACAAACACAAAGAGCAUGGUAGUGGUGGAAGCCACCACAGUCGCCACAAAAGUGAUGCCACACCAGCUGCAACAAAUGAGGCACCCACAGCAUCCACCGGCCAAUUUCCAGUGUCAGCCAAUAUUAGCAAUGUGGCGGCAACAGAUGACGAACACAUCUCUUCAUCAGUUGAAUCGGUCGCGCCAAAACGAACAUCGUCGAAUAACAGUGGAAAUUCAAUGGAAACUCAAACAAAACCAUCUCACAAAAGUGAACAUAGAAGUGGCGAGAAAAUGGAAGACAUUUUCGGUCCCAUAUCCGACGACGAGGAAGAAGAAAUGACGGACAGUGACAUGGCGCGCCUUGAAUCCCUACAACAAGAACCCCUGACACCGAAAUCACAUACCGUGGAAGAAAACGAGGAGAACAAGCAAAAAUGUCCCUCAUUAAGCGGUCCGCCAUCUCACAUCGAAAGAUCUGUUGAACGACAGCAUCGCAAAGAGAAGAGAGAGAAGAAGCGUAAGGAUCGCGAGAAAUCACGGGGCUCUGGUCUGGAUCAGAGUAUGACGGUGGUUGCAGCCGCAGCACAAUUUAUGCCAUCACCUGCAGCAGUUAGUAGCACAACAACUCCCGCCAAACCUUUGGAGGAUGAAAAUAGCGUUGAUUUAGAUGCAGCAGGACGUGCUCUCGAAGCCCAACUUAUGGAAGAUUCGGAUAAUAAAGCUACCGAGGAUGCAACUCCUUCAACGGCUACAACUUAUCGCAGUGAUAUGACCGAUGUGUUUCGUUUCUCUGAUGGAGACGAAAACUCAUUGGAGGUAACGGGAAGUUCAGCUCCAACCGGUAAACAUGAGAAUCGAGAUGUGAGCAGCGGCAUGGCGGAGAAGGAACAUGCUACGAACAUCAGCUUGAACAGUGGCAUGAAAACCAAGAAGAAAAAGAAGAAACGUUCCAAAGAAGAGAAACAGCUACAUCAUCAACAAAGAAGAGAAUCUUCAUCUUCGAAUGCAUCUCAACAUGCCACGAAUGCAUCCCAAUCCGCAAGCACCGCAAAAUUAACCAUAGAUAUUGCAGCAGCCAAUAAAAAUGCCCAGAAAUUGGCAAACGAGGAGCAUGGCGAACAAUCCUCCACCACCAAAACCUCGCCCCUGUGUAAACCAUCACCCAGUUUGCCGUGUCUGAUCGGUGAUGAUGAUGACGAGGAGAUUCUGCCAAGCACCACCACCCAACCACCGGUGAAGACAACACCCAACACGUCAUUGACUUGUGCAACUGCUUGCACUACACCACAUCGAUCUUCAUCAAAGGAUUUACUUUCGCUUUCUCCCCACAUGAGAGGUGAUAAACAAAUGAUUAGCCCCAUACCAAAAACUCCAACGAUAAGCAAUACUAGUGGCCUUAAUUCAAUGGAGAAUAUGAAAAAAUUACACCAACAACUCCUACCUCAUCUACAAUGGACAGCAGUACUCACAAUACUAACGCCAUCAGCACAACACCAACGUCUUCCACAGCCGGAAAUUCCGCAGCCAAUGCUGCUGCUGCUGCUGCUGCUGGUAAGAAAAACCAGACAUCUUCAUACCCGCUUUGAUGGGGAAAUCGAUGAAAAGAUAAGCGAAUCUGCAGUGCAAUCCAUAUCGGCCGAGUUUAAUCCGCCUCUAGAUCCCACGGCUGAUGAGCCAAAAAUACCUGUGGAAUCUCCGCCAGACGCCUCUAAAUUGGAAAAACUGGAAGAGUCGAAAUCACGUGUCACCAUAUCACAGGAGGAGACGGAAAGUGCCGUUUCUGCUCUGUUGGGUGAAAGCUUUGAUUCUUCGGCUGACUAUUCGUUUGACGACGAUGUACCUUUGGACGACUUAAAUAGUGUAAGUGCAGAGCCCGAGCCGGUCAUGAUGACACCGGCCGAGCCCGACGAAGAAGCAGCCCUUGCCGCCAAAGCCAUCGAGUGUGAGGUGGAAAGUAAUCCUGUCACAGAUGUGGUCGUUGAAGACAACCGAUGCCGAAGAGGUGUGCAAAGCUAUACAAGCCUGCGCCAGGAAGAGUUGGAACUCAAAUCGGCAGAUACACCACAGUCUGUACGUGAUCUUCAAAUCGACACAGAUACCGAGGAGAAUGCCGACGAGGCUGACAGCAGUGGUAGUCAUAGUUUGAAAAUCGAUGAGACGGCCCAAUCCAAUAAUAGUAGCUCGCUAUCAGAGAAGGCUCAAAACAAUACCACCUCUAUAUUGUCCGAUACCCAAGGGGAUAAUCAACAAAUGAGCGAGAGGGCAACAGAAGCCAAAACAAUGCAACAACAACAGCAAUCUUCUGUUAUAACAAAGAUGGAAUCGACUGCUGGCAAUGUGGCACAAGUUUCCGGAGAACCAAAAUUGGAACCACCAACCAUUUCGAAACAAGAUCAGCCAGCUGUGCAACCAGUGCAGUCUGUUAUACCAGCAACGACGAAUGAGACAAUCACCUCUGUUGUUGUUAGCUCGGUGGGUGCGUCUGCAUUAAUGACUUCUUCAUCUUCUACAUCAUCGAUGACAUCCGGUCCAGCGACCACAAUCUCUUGCACAUCUACACCCACAAAGACAUCCAUAACAUUUGCCCCAUCGGCGACAACAUCUUCAACACCCAAACAACAACAAGCUCUCCAAUCUCCCCAUCAGGCAACAAUCAUUAAGCCGUUGUCUUUGCCCCAGACAACCACCAUGACCCCGGCUACAAUGGCUUAUGUUAUGCAACCUCCCACCAUUAGCAUUCCCGAUCCGACACCACAUUUUGUAGUGCCGCAAAUGGUGUUGUCACCACAUUCUUCAUCAUCGUCCUUGACAUCAUCGACGGCCAUUCAUUCACCACAAUCUUCGGGAAUUCAAAUGCCGCCACAGUCACCACUUAGUACGGCUUAUAUUAUGGGCAUGCGAGCCCAAUCACCCCAUAGUCCGCGUAAUACCUCGCGUGGUAACACACCAACGCCAAGGCAGCAAAGUCCCCAUACGCCCACACCACCACCUCCAGUUACAAUUUCAAUGGCAUCACAACAAAACAUUUUAAUCCAAGGGGGUGGUUCAGUGCAUCAGCAACAAUCUCAGAUGUCUCCGAACAACUCUCAGUUGAUGGUGGGAACACAGUCGGCGGUGGCAAUGAAUAGCCCCAUGGCCAGUCCCAACUCAACACAAUCCCCACGGCAGCAACAACAACAACAACAACACCUGUUAACAUCCACAUUGCAGAAAAUGCCUCCGCACAGUUCGCCGAGCUGUGGUGCACCAGAGCAACAUAUGAUCAAGAUUAACAACUAUUCCACGCCGCCAAUGCAAACGGCGAAUGUGGUGAGCAUACGCAUACCGCCACCUCAAAAUGCCCAAAAUCCUCAACAAUGUUCACCCCACGCUGGACAGCAACAACAGGUGGCGACGGGUGGAAAGCCUGCCAUUGAACAACACCAGCAACAACAUUCACAUCCCAUAGGUCAGCACAUUUUGCCAAUAUCGGUACAAAAAAUGCCACCUGUCCCUUCGCAUCCGACAAUAAUCAGCAAGGUGGUGACGGUCACACCACAGCAGGCUCAGCAAUCCACAAUGCCGCCUCACAGUCCGGGUGGUUUACAAAAUCAACAGAACUCACCAAAAUCUGCAGCGGUUUAUUCUCCGCCACCUCCGCCAUCUCCCAGCUCGAGGCACUCUCCACAAAUUAUACAGCAAAUGGGUAAUAUUUCGGUGCAGCAACAACAACAGCAGAGUGUCCAAGCACAAAUACAAAUGAUACAACAACAAAGGCAACAACAGCAACAUCACCAACAACAGCGACAACAAAUGCAUCAGCACAUAAUGCAAAUGCAGCAUCAACAAAUGUUCCAUCAACAACAGCAACAACAAAAAAUGCAGCAGCAACAGCAACAACAAUAUGUUGCCAAUCAACAGCAACAACGCGGGCCAAUGAAUUCGCCUCAACAACUGAUGCCGCCGCAGCAACAUCAGCAUCUCCAACACACCCAGGCUCCACAGCAGCCAACAAUGCAUCAGUUGCAACCACAUCAAAUAAAGUCCCAAUAUCAGCAGCUACAUCCAUCGUCUGCAUCACCCCAGUCGCCGCAUUCUUCAUCCAGCAGUACGCAGCCAACGGGACAUGCAAGCAAUCAACAGCCGCAGCAAAAUGUUAUACAAACACCAACAACACCGCAACGAUUUUUGGUGCAGCAACAUGUUGUGGGGAUUCCCCAUUUGCAGACGCCGCAAUCGCAGCAACAACAGAAUAUUGCCAUGCAACAACAGCAAAGAUCUUCACCCACCAUGCAGCAGCAACACCAACAAUCCAAUGUUGUGUUUGGAAAAUCGCCACAGCAACUGCAUUUGCAGUCCUUGCAACAGUCUCCCAGUAUGGCAGGACAACAACGUUCACCAGUUCCAACUGGAGCACAACAAGAAACAUCAACUGCAACCUCUGUUGGCCUAACCGAAACAGUGUCUCGUGUUAUCGUCUCAACACCACAAACAUCAGCUCCCUCAGUUGCUGGACAAACAACAGCAGCAACGACUGGUGAUAAUAGCGGAGUCGCCGCUACUCAACCAAAACAUGUUGAAAAUGUUUCAGUAAUUAGGACUCCAACUCCCACAAAUAUUGUGGCAUCAACUGUCACGACAACGGCAGCAACAACCACAUCAACAAUUGUGGCCCCACCUACACAACAUGUUAAUAAGGAGACUACUGUCCCGGUGGUGGCGUCAUCAACAAAUAACAGUGCUACAGCGAAUAUAUCGGCUGCUGAGCCAGCUUCUUCGCUCACAAGGGCCUCGCCCAUAACAGCUUCAGCUGCCCUGACGGAAGAGAAUAUCACAAAAAUAUCACCACCCAAACACGAUGAAAUCGAACAGGACUCCAAAGAGGAUAGUGAUUAUUGGUCAGCCAAGGAAUUGAAUGUGGUGGAGCCUAACAGUGGUGGAGGUGCCACAACUACCAGCAGUUUGGCUGCCAGCAGCGUUAUCAAGAAGAAUGAUAAUGCAAUGGCGACCUCAACCUCUGUGGCAACACCUUCAACAAAUACGCUUCCAAUCAACACUAACCCAAGCAAACAGCAACAACAACAGCAAAACGCUGCUGCAACAACAAUUGAAGAUGCAAAGGCAGCAGCUAAGUAUCCUCAAACUCAGCCCACAAAAUCUACCACAGAUGUGUCACAUGCCAAAACUAAUUCAGGGGACACAAUUAGCACUGUGCCAGAACCUGUGGCUCAGACACAGCCACCUACAUCAACGGCGUCUUACAAUGUGAAUCCAGCGAAUUCCUCAUCGGCAACUACGGUUAACACCGAUCAUGACACAGAGGAUGAAACGGAGACACAACAAAUGCCAGCAUUUGAACAGAUCUCGGUACAAGGUAGACCCAAUACUCGGGGUACCGGAGCUAAACGUGGUCGCCAGCCAAGAGGUGGCAAAAAGGCAGCAGCUGUUAUACCAAAUGCUCCACCUGCCGUUGCUGCGAAUCAGUUGCAAGAUAUUGCACCACCAUCUGGCAAUGCAGCAGGAGUUCAAACACGUUUGAGAAAACCCAAUGCUGCAACACCAGCAACAAGAGGUCGCAAAGGUAGGCCACCAAGGAAUUUGCUAUUACAGCAACAGCAGCAACAACAACAAGAGUUGCAAACUCCCUCGACGGUACCAUCUACAAAUGUGGCAGGUACCACUGGUGCUUCCUCUUCAGUAACUGGGCCAUCGGUAUUAACGGCAGCCGAAAAGAAGGCAAGAAGUCAAGCUGCAUCAGCAGCAGCAACAUUGGCUUCACUUUCAGAGGUUCAUCAUCACAAUAAAAGCGAUGUUUAUGAAUUCCAUGACGAUUCUGGUGAAGAAAGUGGCAAAUCAGGCAGCGGAUCAGCGGCACCAUCAAGCUCUUCAGUGGCUAGCAGCAUAGUAAGCGGUGUUGACAAUCGGCCGCGUUUGAUUUUAACCAUAAAAAGUCCACAUAACCCCACGCCCGUGGUCAAGACCAGCGAGAAAAUUGCCAAUGAGCAACAGCCAACGCCAACAGCAACAGUGGCGGCUCCAUUGAGCGAAACAUCUGCAACGCAACAACAACAACCACAACAGCAAUCAGAAAUCCAAUCUUCGGCACCAACAAGCGGAGCAAACUCCGCACAAUCCGAAGGCGAUUUGAAUUCUCUUGCUAAUACCAGAAAAUCUCGUAGAUUGCUUGAAAAAGAUCGCAGUACCAUUGAUGAUAUUAUUGAAGAUGUGGUGCGAAAUACCGCUGUGCCACCUGGUGCUGGACAACAAGUAUCGGCAACAACAGCAAUGUCCACAAAUAAUCCACAGCCCAUACCACUUCAGGCUGCAAAUGUGAUUUCCAAUGCCUUGCCAAAGGGUGCCCAAACACCGCCGCGAAGAUCGGGUCGCACCUCUGCUGCCACUCAGCCCAAAUCUAAGACUGGAAUUGUUGGCGAAUCAGCGGCAGCAGCAGCUGUUGGUAUAGUUACUACAACUCCCAAUGCCAUUGGUCGACCAAGAAAAUCCAAAGAUCGUAAAAGCAUUAAUGAAAUGGAUAGCGAACAGUCGAUUGCUUCACCACAGCCGCCAUCUAAGGGAAGUGGUGUGGUACAUGAAAUUGUAGAUUUGGAUGAUACACCAGAAAAUCCUUUAAAAUCUGGCACGCAAUCGUUGGAGGAUAAGCAACAGCCACCUACUAGCGCAGUUGGUGGAUCGGUUGUACAACCACCGGCGACAUCAUCCACCGUGCCAGUGUCCGCAGCAGCACCACAACAAUCAAACACCAAUAUUUCUGCACCGCAGUCAGUUACCUCCUCCAUCAGCUCCACCAUACCACAACAUCCCAAAAAGAAGGCUUUGGCCGCUGCCGAAAUUGAGUCGUAUCAGAACCAAGGCACAGUGAAUACUUCAAAUAUUCAUUCAGCUCUACCAUCGUGUGGUGGUGUUCCAAUGCUAAAUACCGCUGCACCUGCCUCGCAAAAGACAACCGGUGGUGCUGCAGCCGAUUCGGUUAAUAAACCCGUUAUAGACACAAACACUGCUGGCAUUGUGUCCGGGCAGCAAAUGCAGCAGGCUAAGGCUGGUAAUUUGCCGUCGGCCACUGCUGCUGCUCAACCACAGCGUCCACCGCUGGACCCCAAGAAAAUGAUGCAGGCUGCGGUAGCCGCAGCUGCCGCCGUAUCUGAGAGUAGUGUAAUGGGCAACAAACCGUUGUCCUCGACACCAUCCACCACAAUGUCUCAGGCAUCAGUGGCGACACCAAUAACUGCUCUUACCAAACCGGUGCAAGCUGAAACUGCCACAGCAGCUGCUGCGGCAGCAUCAUCGGUGACUACUGCCCUGCUCAAUAAGUCUUCGGUGAGCGUUGUCGUCAAGACUUCGACAGUUCCAUCAAGUCCGGCAACAGCGACACACAUUACCAGUCAACAGGUGGUAGCUCAGACCCACCAGCAACAAACCAGACCGGCUGACAUAUCAACUCCAACGAAGCAACCGAUCAUUAUGCAGCAGCAAACACCGCUGGUGAUGCAUGCUCAGCACACAAGUGUGAGGCCGCCAACGAGUCUAAAGGCGCAUGUGUUGAAUAGUCAAAAAUUACAACAACAGCAGCAACAACUGCAAAUGUCAGCUUCGGUUGGGGGACAACAACAGCAGCAGCAGCAGCAACAACAACAACAGCAUCACCAUCAGCAGUUGCACGCUCCGCAAACACCCUCCAAGCAACAGCAAACGCAUCAUCUGGUCCAUCAACAAUCUGGAACGGUGGUACAACAACCACCUCCUCCUCCUACUGGCCAUGUAAUACAACAAUCAAAUAUUGUACAACGUCAAACCCCACCACAGGCCCAAAUGGGUCCAAUCAAACAACAGCUGUUGGUGAAUAUACCACCACCAACAACUCAACACUCACCACAUGCAACGGCCGCCAGUAAUUUGAAUUCACCAAGGAUGCAACAUCAACCACAGGUCACGAUGCCACAGCAGCCAGGCCAUCAGCAAUCAAUCAUCAUGAAACAAGGUGACGAGUUGCAUCCAUCGCAAAUUUUACAUGUGGUUAGUUCCAAAGCAACGCCUCCAACACCAAACAAAAGUGCUGCUGCUACCGGUGGUAUGGUGCCUUCUGCGGUUGCCACAUCAGCGGCCGCUGCAGCAGCCUCUAUGCAUCUAAUGCAACAGGCAGCAGUGGCGGUUGUAAAGCCAUUCAAUCCGUAUUUGCAACAAAACCAAACUUCUUCAGUUCAACAACAUCUUCCAACUGCUCACCAGCAAAUCUUGGCUGGCCAACAGAAAACAAAUACCUCAGCAUCAUCUUUGCCACUGGGACUAAUGGGUCUCGCCCAACAUUCUGCCAUGGUGAUACAAACCAAGACAUCUGCACCGCCAACACAAGCACCAUCAUCAUCGUCAACUGUAGCGACUCCAACGUCUGCAGCCCUCAGUCAUAUGCAGCAUACGGCCCAGCAUACUCCAUCGCCACCCUUACAGCAAGUUCCACAUUUGUCCAAAGCUCCGCCAACAAAUCCAAUGCUUCAUAGUUUACAAAGUCAAAGUGUUGCACGUGGUGUUCUCAGUGCCGUUGGUUCUCCACCACCCCAACAACAACAGCAACAGGCCGGAGGAAAGCCAUCCCCUCAGUCGACAUCAACAAUAACAGCAAAUGUUGUUGGUGGUGGCGCCAAUUUGCGUACGUCAGUGCCAACGAUUAGUCCACAAAGUCAAGCUCGCAUGGGAACCAUAUUGAUGCCUGGUGGCAUACAAGUGCCACCACACUUUGAAACAAAUCUGAAUGAUGCAACAUUCCCUGGUGGACCAAUACGUGCAGUUCCCACGCGGGAACAUUUGAUGAUAUACCAACAAAUAUUGCGCCAGCAUGAUGCUUUGAAUCCGCCCGCUUUGCGUGAAUAUGAUGAACAAUUGUUGGGCACCAGUCCACCAUUGGAAUUGAGAAGACCUAGCAGUGUACCACGGACAGUGGCUGUACCACACAGUCUACAAAGUCCUCAGGAUAGAGCAACUGAUUCACCCCAAGUGGCUCAAGUUUAUGUCCAUAAUGCACGUCUACCCGCCCAUGCACAUUACGAUGUAGCUGGUCGUCCCACUACAACUGGGGCUCCAGGUGGGCCACCAUCUGCAUAUUAUGAUCCUGCAAGGCAAUUGAAUUUGGAACCUCCACCUGCCCAUCGAUCAGCAACGGCUCAUAGUGUGGUGGCACCACCACCAACUGUAGUUGUACCCCACCCAUCGGCGGGCAGUAGUAGUCCAUUUAUGCCCUCCGCUCCGCCCGCAACGAAUGUACCACUAACUGCUGGUGGAACUUCAGCUGCACUACAUCACUCCAAACAAUUAAUGGAACGUGAAAGGGAACAACGCGACCGAGAGAGGGAACAACAGCUGUUGCGUGAAAAAGAACAAAUUCUCGUUAGGACAGGUGAUGCCCAUAAUAUGCAAGUGACAGCUGCAUCCUCAUCAUCGACACAUCAACUACCCCCACAUCCAGCCGUGGCACAUGGCCAAGUUCCACCACCACCUCAAGCAGAUUCACUGCUGACAUUGCUUCAACGGUAUCCAGUUAUGUGGCAAGGUUUGCUGGCCUUGAAAACCGAUCAAGCUGCAGUCCAAAUGCAUUUUGUCUUUGGAAAUCCGCAUGUUGCACGUGCCUCGUUGCCGUGCAACAGCGAUGGCAGUACACCACCAUUGCGUAUAGCACAGCGUAUGCGUUUGGAACAGACACAACUGGAGGGAGUUGCCAAGAAAAUGCAGUUUGAAAAUGAACAUUGUAUGCUGUUGGCGUUGCCCUGUGGCCGUGAUCAUGCCGAUGUCUUGCAACAAUCUCGCAACCUACAAUCUGGAUUUAUAACCUAUUUGCAACAGAAAAUGGCUGCCGGAAUUGUGAAUAUACCAAUGCCGGGAAGCGAACAGGCAGCCUAUGUGGUACACAUAUUCCCCUCAUGUGAUUUUGCCAAUGAAAAUCUAGAGAAGGCAGCACCAGAUCUAAAGAAUCGUGUAGCUGAUAUCGCUCAUCUGUUGAUAGUUAUAGCUACCGUCUAAAUACACCACACAAAACGUCCACAAAAAUACAAACUAACUAAACUGAUUAAGAAAUGGCAGGAAUAAUAUUACUUUAUUUCCUGCCACACUCUAAAAUACCAAAAUCGUGAUUAUGAUGAUGAUGUUGGAUAAUAAAACUACUAUUACUACUAAUAAUAACAAUGAAAAAUGAUGAUGAUGAUCAAACCAAAUUUUAACGUAAAAAAGCAAAGUUAUUUUAAAACAACAAAUAGUGUGAUUUCAUGCUAUUAGUGAUUGUAAUAUUUAUAACAUAUAAACAAAAAACAAACAGAAGCAACAAACAAAAUAAGAAUAUGAAAAACUACAAAUUUUUAACACAGAAAAUAUAUAAAUGAAAAGAAAACGUAAGAAAUACAAAUUCACCAGACUCUAGUUAGCGAUGAAACUAAAAACAAAACAAGAAGAAAAAAAAAAACGGUUAAGAUAAAUAUCUUAAAACACAACACAAAAACAAAAAAAUGUAUAAAGAAAAAAAAAAACAAAACACGAAAAGAUAAUAAUAUUUAAACAGUUCCCCCUCCCUUCUUUUCACCCUCUUGUACUAUACAAUAUGAACUAUAUAUAUACAAAUGCUAAUAUAAUAAUAUUUAUAAAAAAAAAUAAUAAUAAUACUGGAUCCUAAGUGUUUCUUUUAAUUAUAAAUAACUUAUAUAAUUUUUUUUUGUAAGGUUUUCAAACACACAACAAUAUAUAUAAAUAAUAAACUUUUUGUAUAGGAAACAAAAAUACAAACAAACAGCUGUUAUAAGUUGAUGUUGAAUUUGUUUUUGUGAAAAAGAAGAAGGAAAGAAAUAGAAGCAAAGAAAUAAGCAUAAUAUUAAAUUAUUAAGAUUUUUGUUUUAUUUAAUUAUUUUUUUAAUGUUAAUCAUAUAUAAACUUUUGCUCUAAUAAUGAAAGUAUAGACUAUAGUUUGAUAUAUUACGUAUUUUUUUAAUUUUUAUUAUUUUUUAUAAUUUACCGUUAUUUUUACGUAAUUAGUUUAUUUUCUAAUUUUAAUAAUAUAUUAUAAUAAGGUAAUAAAAACAGUUAAACAAAAUACAAACAAAAACAAUUACAUACAUUAAUUUAUUAUUAUUAUUUUUUGAUCUCAAUGACGACGACAACAUAUGAAAAAAAGUAAAAUUCAAAAUAAAAUAAAAAAACAAAAAAUAUUAUAUAUUGUAACUCCUGUCCGUAUAACCUAACAUGUUAAUAAAAAUAACCCAAAUGUUUGUGUCUAUGUUAAAUGUAUUCUGAAAUCAAGUCCCAAAGUGAAAUGAAAAUGUUUAAGUGUUUUUUGAAAUCUUUAUUUUAUUUUUGUUUUAAAUGUUUUUUUUUUUUGACGAGUGUGUUUAAAUGUUAUUUAAAGUUCAAUUUUAAUUUUGCAUUGUUAUUGUAUAUGUUUUAUAGAAUUUUCCAUAUUUUUCCGCCUGAGAAGCUUUUAAUUUUAAGUUUUUAGAAUUUUUUAUUAAAAAUGGAAAAUUUCUAUAUACCAUAUUUAUGUAUUGCCGCAAUACAUUUGGGAGGAGGAAAGCCUUUACUUUAUUUUUUGUUUUUCAAAAUGGUGAUGGCAGUUACACUUUACCCCGAAAAGGAUCAAUUAUUAACUCAAGAAUGAGACAUGCUAUAAAAGAACGAAGGGAUAUAGAAAAGGGAAACUUCCACUUUUUCUGUAGAUUCUUCAUUGGUGUGAAUUUUAAAAUCAGUUUUUCUCAACUUCCUUGAAAAUAGUCUUUUUCCAGGGCCGAAACAAAAAAUAAAUUCAAUGCUUUCAAGAAAACAAAUGUAAAUACGUUUUAUAUUUAGAUCACACAGACACUGCCACACUCAAACAAAUUUAAAAAUAAGAAUAAAAGGAAAAUAAAAUCUUCUUCAAUUGCAACCCAACGCAGCAGCAUCAUCGUUUCCAUUGUAAUGGAUCGAAUAUCUAUCCGGUUCGGUGCUUUUGGAACAUUUUAUUUCCCUUGUUUUCUCCAACUUUUAUAAUUUAUUUAUUUUUUGUAAUUAAAAUAUUUUAAACUGAUUUUAAAAUUAAGAUUUAAUUUUAAACUAAGUUAAUAACAUAUUGCCUGUGAUGCCCUUCGGGAGUAACAAAGAAAAAACUAUUUAUAUUCGUUCAAUUUUAAAUGAGUAUAAUCUGCACAUAAGACAUCCAUCACAUUUACAAAUAUUCUUUUGACCUUGAAUUUUCCCCAUGGACGAAUCAUUUUCCCACAGAAGCGAACAUUUUAAAUAUACAUUUUCUUAAUCAAAACAUUUUAUGAACUGAAUUCCAAGAUUUGUUUCAAAGUAAAAAAUUGAAGAGAAUAUAAAGUUACUUUUCAUUCUCAUAUUCCCAAUGAUCAGUGAGAAUUCUCCAUUUCCUUGGAAAAAUAACAUCAUUCCCCUUAGAAAAACUUGAGAGAUGGAAAGAAAUGUUAGCUUAGUAAGGUAGAGCUACCAGCUGAUUACAAUUUUUUUCUAAGUGUGCCCGACUUUUUCCAAUUUUCAAAACAAAUGAUUGGAAGACACGUACAUUGCGGCUCGCGCAUUAAAGCUAUUAACCAGUUUAGCCAUGAAAUUGAAAGAUUUAGCAGUUUGGGUCGUAAUUUUGAGAGAAAAUCCAAGCAUUUCACUCGUUUUCCGCAAUAUUUAACUCAUUUUAAAAAUGAGGAAAAAUGUGAAAAAAUUGUACCUUGGCAUUAGCCUUAAACAAACAGAAAACCCUCUCAAUUCAUCAAAAUUUUUCAACUAUCGAAAAAUUCGAAAUCCUUUCAAAUACUGAAAAUGAAAUGAAAUUAUGUACUUUAGGUGUUAGCUCCGAGAUAUCACAGUCAAUAUGUUAAAUAUUAAUUACACAAAUUGAACGUUUUAUUUAACAUUUAACACACAAAGCAAAUUUAAUUUUCACUUAAAUAUUUUCAAAUGUCACUGCUACUUUUCGACAAACUCAAACAAUCAAUGUUUUGUUGAGCUUACAAUAGUUUUUUUUUCAAUUCAAAAUAUAUAAAUACAUAGAAAACAUAAAAUCCUGUGUAACAUAAAAACUACUUUUCAGGAAAACUAUUUUCCUAAAUACCCUACCCCCAAUGUAUAUAAAUCAAAACGAAAAAAAAUACUACUACUAGGUCCUAUAAAAAUGAACAAUUCUAAAAAUAAAUAUAAAAAAAACUUUGUACAGUA